AUGGCUUCACGCAGGAGGACAUUGUCCCUGAAUCCGUAUUUUCGAAGAUUGACACAAUGCUUCGGCCAGAGACGGCCGCUCGUCACCGGUAGAGACAAGCUCUUCCGCGUCUCAGAGGAAGUACAAGAUGCUCUCGCAACGGGGAAGCCAGUCGUUGCGCUGGAGACGACGAUAUACACACACGGCUAUCCGUACCCCGAGAAUGUUGCCCUCUCCUCGCACCUCGAAUCCCUAGUCCGCGUGAAUGGCGCCGUACCUGCCACUAUCGGUAUCCUCGGGGGCAGAGCCCUAGUUGGAAUGGGCGCCGAAGAAUUGAUAGAGCUGGUCUCAGCUGCUGGGAACAAGAAUACCUGGAAGAUCUCCAGGCGGGACCUUGGCUUCAUUGGUGGGUUGGGCUUAAGAGGGCAUACGCUCAAUGGAGGGACAACCAUUGCGGGGACAAUGGUGCUAGCCCACCUGGCGGGCAUCAAGGUCUUUGCUACGGGUGGUCUUGGUGGUGUCCACCGAGGGGGAGAGAACUCUCUGGACAUCUCGGCCGACCUGACCGAGCUUGGACGAACGCCCGUCACAGUGAUAUCCAGUGGUUGCAAGAGUUUCUUGGACAUCCCUCGUACACUGGAGUAUCUUGAGACGCAAGGGGUGGGCGUAGGCACCUUUGCCGAUGGCAGGCAAGGCGACGUCGACUUUCCGGCCUUCUUCUCACGAGACAGCGGCGUCAAGAGCCCCAAGACUAUUCUCGACGAAGCAGAUGCGGCUGCCAUCAUCUACGCACAGUCUGUGCUGGGCAUAGAUUCUGGUCUGCUCUUCGCGAAUCCUGUUCCGGAGCAUUCGGCAAUGUCGCGAGAAGAGAUCGAUUCUAUCAUCGCGGAAGCCGUUUCGGAAGCCGAGCAAAAAGGCAUUGGCGGAAGUGCCAACACCCCGUACAUCUUGAAACGUAUCCGGGAAUUGAGUAAAGGAGGAAGUGUCAAGGCUAAUACAGCGUUGGUCGAGGCCAAUGUCAUCCGCGGCACCAAGGUCGCGGUAGAACUUGCGAAACUCGAAAGGCGAGACGGAGCUGCACCUCAGCGAGAGGACAGCAGCAAGCUCGUCAUACCUCAAAACUCUUCCAGUUCGUCGAUGCGCGAGUCAAGGUCAACACCAAGCACGGAGAGACAGUCAGUUCAGCCUGUGGACGUACUUGUCGCUGGCUCGUUGGCAAGUGAUACAAUGUGCGACCACCAGCCAUUUCACAUCACCGCACAAUCCACCUCCCCUGUUCCGCAAACGUCGAACCCGUCUAGCAUAUCACAAUCACCUGGAGGCGUUGGCAGGAAUGUAUCCCUAGCUGCCCACUUGGCAGGUGCGAAGGUUGUUUUGGCCAGCGCUGUGGCAGACGAUCUAGCUGGCUCGUCUCUUCUCGACCAUGUCACGAAGUCCGGUCUACAAACGACAGGUAUACGGCAGCUUUCAACUAUUGAUGGUGCCAGGACGGCUCAAUACGUUGCGAUAAACGACACCAACAAAGAUCUUGUGGUUGCGAUGGCAGAUAUGUCAAUCUUUGCGCGUCCUGAGUUGGAGGCACCUGGCUACUGGACGGCGAAGAUGGAACAGAGCAAACCGACGUGGGUCGUCGUCGAUGCGAACUGGUCCCCGAGCAUUCUUUCGGCGAUAUUCGCAGCCGCAAAAGCCUCCGGCGCACUCGUUGCAUUCGAGCCAGUCUCCACCGCGAAGGCGGCACGGCUCUUUCACAAGGACAAUCGUUUCGUCACGAGCGCUAAGGUUGUACCGGACCAUGUGGUCAGCCUUGCAUCCCCCAAUCACCUUGAAUUGUCAGCAUUGUACAAUGCUGCCAGGGAGGCCAUGAUGUUCGAGUCGGAGGAAUGGUGGAGCGUCAUCGACAGCUUAGGUCUCUAUGGGGCGGGAUCCCGGGAACGGUUGGUCUCCGUCGCCGGACGAGAGCUGGUCGAACAGGGUAUUCCGCAGCAGGGCAUACAGCUUCUCCCGUUUAUCCCGAAUCUGGUAACAAAACUUGGUCGUCAAGGAUGUCUACUGACGUGCCUGUUGCGCCGUGGGGAUGAAAGGCUGACGCGACCAGAAAACGCCCCUUAUGUGUUGUCAAGAAACCUCUCUGGCGACAGUGAUCUUGGCGGUCUGUAUAUGCGAUUGUUUCCCCCGUUUAUGGAAGUGGCACAAGAUCAUAUCGUGUCGGUGAACGGCGUCGGCGACACGAUGUUGGGUGUGGUGAUUGCCGGUCUUGCAAGAGGACGCACACUGGAGGAGGUACUGCCGAUUGCCCAAGAGGCGGCAGUACUGACACUGAAAUCCCCAGAAGCCGUGUCACCACAGGUCCGGGACAUCCAGGACAAGCUCGACAGGCUCAGGUGA